AUGAAUCACGAGUUACAAGCACUGAACUCUCGUGGGGGCAUCAGCUCAGGCCGAAACAACAAACAUUGUGGUCUGCGCUCCACACAUAGCUCACAACAAGCAGACGAGCUAUUAAGGAAACGAGCUACACCUUCUGUCGCUGAUUCUGCCUACCAGUCCAUGACAACCAAUGUGGUUGACUCAACAUUGACACUCGAACAGGCGUCAACUCAAGCGCAACCAGAAGCUUACGAAAUAUCCGGAACAGACCUGUUCAUCUACAAGAUAGUGCCCGAUAAAGAUGCGCGACGACACGGCUGUGGGGUCCGGCACGCCAUCGAAGGAAUGAUCCAGGAAGAUGUAUUUGCAAAAGAUCCGAGCCGUCCGAGGGACAUUGCACUCGAGCUUAGAAUGGUUGGAAAGACUAUCGACGUGGCCAAGCUAUACAUUAUCAUCUUUUGUGCACCGGACUUAAAACAACCCCUCGACGCAAUCCUUGAGCUACCGGUCGUAGUCGAACUCCGGCGCUCGAGCCGCGAAAACGUGCCUCAGUUGGGCAUAAUAGUAGUACCGAGAUCUAUAAGACGAGCGAGCGACGACUUCACGAUCGAUGCUUGCGGUCAGAAAGCCUUCUUCGCUCGGCACAGCACCUACUGCGGAAGUCCGGUCAUAUUGCGAAAAAAUCUACAGCAGCCUUCGCAAACCCUCGCGCGGAAAGCCACGUUUGGAGGUGUUCUCAAGGUCACCUAUGGCAGCGGUGAGACUGGCUUUCAUGGCAUGACGGCUGGACACGCAGUCGAAGAUUUGCUUCAAGAGUGUACCGCAGUACUACCUGGCAUGCGUACGGAACCGUCUACGAAGCGGGAUGGGUUCAAUCCUUUGGAAUGGAUCGCCGACGAUGACGUACUUGGCCGCGUCUUGCUUCCCCCAGUCUUCCCAGGUGUUGCUGCCGGUCGAUCGACGUUGACGCACGACUGGGCUCUCUUCGAUGUGGCUACUCCUUUGCCGAACGUGGUCACUCGGAUCCAAUAUGCUUCAGCUCACGACUCCCAAGAUCUUCGAGACCGACCAAUAUUGAUAGCCGAGAAGCCGCAUUUCCCAGAUGACAUCUCGGCAGCAGUCCAGCUUCUAGGUGCCACAGAAGGUCCUCGCGACGGAGAGCUCUCUAGUCUUCCUGCCAGGUUGUGGCUUUCUCACAACGAGUGCUUUGUAGACGCAUACAUGCUGGAUCUCUGUCAUGGCGAAGGUAAGAAGUUACAAGCAACAUCCUCAGUAGAUACGACGCUAAUGACCAUCUAUCAGUACGCGAAGGUGACUCAGGAGCAUGGGUCGUCCACUCAACUGCCCCUCAUCUCUACGGCCACAUUGUCGCUACAAACCCAUUUGGAGAAGCCUACAUGA